AUGUUAAAUGCAUUGAAGACCAUCUUUAUAAUUUUGAUGCUUGGAGAGUUCAUAAUGGGGGUUCUGGGGAAUGGAUUCAUUGGACUGGUGAAUUUCAUUGACUGGAUCAAGAAAAGGAAAAUCUACUUAGUUGAUUUAAUUCUCACCAGUUUAGCCAUUUCCAGAAUUAGUCUGUUGUGUAUAAUGAUGAUAGAUGGCCUUGUAGGGGUGUUUUUUCCAGAAGAAUAUACCAAGAGAAAGUUCACAAGAAUUUUAGAUGGCUUCUGGACAAUUUCCAACCUUUUAAAUGUCUGGUUUGCUACUUGCCUUAGCACGUUUUACUGCUUGAAGAUAGCCAGCUUCUCCCAUCCUCUUUUCCUCUGGCUGAAGUUGAGAAUUAACAGAGUGAUUCCCGUAAUUCUACUGGCAUCCAUAUUCAUUUCUGUGUUCACUAGCCUUCCAAUAACAGAGAUAUUUAAUGAAGAUGUCAGGAGCCAGAUAAACAAAAAACAUAAGGAAAAUAACACUUCACUUCUCAAAAUGAGUAAAGGUGAAUAUGUUGCCACCCCCACUCUCCUUAAUCUCGGGCUUCUCUUUCCCUUUACUGUGUCUCUGAUCUCAUUUUUCCUGUUAAUUCUUUCCAUGUGGAAACAUACCCGGAAGAUAAAACUCAAUGCCGUGGAUACCAGAGAUGCCAGCACAGAGAUCCAUUUGAGAGCCAUGAAAGCUGUGAUCUCUUCCCUCAUCCUCUUUGUCAUUUACUGUUUGGCCAUUCUCAUAGCAACCUUUAGCUAUGUUUUCCCAGACCAGAAUCUAGCAAUGAUAUGUGGGGAGAUAACUGCAGUCAUCUACCCAGCUGGCCACUCAUUUAUCCUGAUUUUGGGAAACAUCAAGCUUAGGAGGAUAUCCCUGAAUGCACUACAACAGGCGCAGCAUUGUCUCAAAGGAGGGAAAUCCUUAGUGCCCUAG